AUGAAUCGAGACGAGUCUUUGCGAUGUUUGGAAAUAUCCAAAAAGAAGUUUGCAGCUGGUGAAACAGUUGCUGCAUUAAAGUUUGCCAACAAGGCUAUUGCAUUGGAUGUUUCUACAGAAACUCAAACAUGGCUCGAGUUUUUAAAUAAUCAAUCAUCUACUGCCGAUACAAAACCUUCAUCUACUUCCACAGGUCCAAAUCUUCGUCAAAGACAUUCAUCUACUUCUGAAACUCAUUCCUCAUCGUCAUCUAAACCUACGGCUGCACAAGAAGAUGAAUCAUCGAGACCAUUCACAGAUCUUCAAGUCAAGGGAAUCAAGAAAAUUCGUGCUUUUAAAACCAAAGGUGAUUUGUAUGGUAUCUUGGGUUUAGAAAAAGACUGCAGCGAAUCAGAUAUCAAAAAGGCAUAUCGCAAGCUUGCAUUGCAAUUUCAUCCUGAUAAAUGUGGUGCUCCUGGAACUGAUGAAGCAUUCAAGGCAAUCAGUCACGCAUUCACUGUUUUAGGCGAUUCUGACAAAAAAGAACACUAUGAUCGAUACGGCAUAGAUCCAGAUACUAGAGCUGGUGCUGCUGCUGCAUCUCGUGGUGGUGCUGGAUUCCGUGGCUUCAAUGGUCAACGCUUUGAAGGAGAUAUUAGUCCUGAAGAUCUAUUCAGAAUGUUUAUGGGUGGUGAUGAUUUCCCUGGAUUUGGUGGAGCUGGGUUUCAUACAUUUUCCUCCAACUCACAGCCAAGAGCUCGGUUCCGUCAGGCACAAGCACGUCAAGGAACUCAAGUCAACUCCAGUUCUCUUCUUCAAAUCAUCCAAAUGCUUCCUGUCAUCUUUUUAGGACUAUUUACUCUAGCUUCGUUGCUUUCUUCAACCCAACCGGAUGCCUUUUCAUUCACCAAAUCUAGAGAUUAUCCUGAACAACACACCACUUCAAUCCACAAAGUUCCAUACUAUGUCAACUCUGAACACUUUAAAUCCAACUGGGCUUCAAGUGAAUCCAAAACAAAAGUGUUGGAGGGUUCUGUGGAAAAAGCUUAUCUCCAAGCCUUGGAACGAGGAUGUCGAAGCGAACUGGAAAAUAAAAGAUUCCAAAUCCAACAAUCGUACGGAUUAUUCGGAGUAGACAAAAAAAUGCUAAAACGAGCUCAAGGAAUGCGGCUACCCAACUGCGAACGUGUUGAUCAAUGGAAUAAUGAAAGUUGA